CCCCCCACCCUCUUAACAUCUAUCCACACCACAAAGUAAAUGGCAGCGCCGAGCUACGAACUGAGUUGAUUAUGGAAGAGAAACGGUGUAAGCGGCGAUAGUUUUACUUCUGUGCGGGGGGGGAGAGAGAGAGAGAGCGAGAGAGGGUGAGAGAGAGAGAAAGAAAGAGAGGGAGAGGGGGCAGCGGCAGCGGGGGAGGAGAGGAGAGGAGAGGAGUAGGAGGAAAGGAAAGGUAUUUCAUUUGUGUCCUGGAUAAUUUCACCCCGCGGCCGCGACGACCUGGGAACUGAGUAGAAUUGACAAGGCCGUGAAAACUGACAAGCAAAAUAGAAAGUAAACAUUUCAGUUGAUCUGCACUCCUCGCUCGCUCUCUCUCCCUCUCUCUCUCUUUCUCUCUCUCUCUUUCUCUCUCUCUCUCCUCAUUUGAGGGAGGGAGAGAGGGCGGAAAAAAAAGAAGGCAUAGAGUAAAACUCGCCGCUUGCCCGGAUCUGUAGGGGAUUUGCCUGAAAUUUCUCUCACCCCCCCCCCAUCCUUUCUCCCUUCUCUCCGUGAGUUCGGGAACACGCUGGACCCCCCUCGGCCAGUUUUCAGCCUGCGAGUCCGGAUGGAAGAGCAGAGCCGCUUGAUGCAGGCCCGGGCAGCCGGGGCUGGUGGUGGAGGCGGCGGAGGAGCGGGAGGCGGAGGCGGAGGAGGCGGAGGCGGAGGAGGAGGAGGCGGCGGCAGCGGGGUAACGAUGUCUGUGCACCCGGCAUCGGCGGGCCUACAGCCGCUGACGACCCAUCUCCGCGAAAGCCCCACGGAUAAUGGGGACGGGAGGAAGCAAGACAUCGGGGACAUACUCCACCAGAUCAUGACCAUCACAGAUCAAAGUCUGGACGAAGCACAAGCCAAGAAACACGCGCUGAAUUGUCACAGAAUGAAACCUGCCCUCUUCAGUGUUUUAUGUGAGAUCAAGGAAAAGACGGGCUUGAGCAUCCGAAGCAGCCAGGAGGAGGAGCCCGUGGACCCACAGCUGAUGCGGUUGGACAACAUGCUGCUGGCGGAGGGCGUGGCUGGCCCCGAGAAGGGCGGGGGCUCGGCGGCGGCGGCAGCAGCGGCAGCUGCCUCGGGCGGGGUCUCCCCCGACAACUCCAUUGAGCACUCUGACUACCGGGCCAAGCUGGCCCAGAUCCGGCAGAUCUACCACACGGAGCUGGAGAAAUACGAGCAGGCCUGCAAUGAAUUUACCACGCAUGUGAUGAACCUCCUUCGGGAGCAGAGUCGGACACGGCCGAUCUCUCCUAAGGAGAUCGAGAGGAUGGUCGGGAUCAUCCAUCGGAAGUUUAGCUCCAUCCAGAUGCAGCUAAAGCAGAGCACAUGCGAGGCGGUCAUGAUCCUGAGGUCAAGGUUCCUCGACGCCAGGAGAAAGCGGCGCAACUUCAGCAAGCAGGCCACGGAGAUCUUGAAUGAGUACUUCUACUCCCACCUCAGUAACCCGUACCCAAGCGAGGAGGCCAAGGAGGAACUGGCUAAGAAGUGUGGCAUCACUGUGUCGCAGGUGUCCAACUGGUUUGGAAACAAGCGCAUUCGAUAUAAGAAGAACAUUGGUAAGUUCCAGGAGGAGGCUAACAUUUACGCUGUUAAGACCGCCGUCAAUGCGACUGCUGCCUCUCAGAACAGUCAAGCAAACUCGCCCACCACUCCCACCUCCGCAGGUUCCUCUGGCUCAUUCAAUCUGUCUGCCUCCGGAGACAUGUUCAUGGGGAUGCAGGGGUUAAACGGAGACUCCUACCCAGGGGCACAGGUGGAGACCCUCCAUCACUCCCUCAACCAGCCCUACGGGGAAGGAUUGGCCGCCAACCAGAUGUACAGCCCACGGGACGUGAGGGCUAAUGGAGGCUGGCAGGAUGCAGCCACCCCGUCCUCUGUAACAUCUCCCACAGAAGGGCCUGGAAGCGUGCACUCCGAUACCUCCAACUGAUCUCUGAGAAACCGGACCUUUCCCUGAUCCGAUGGGCUUGUCUCCAGCAUUGACCAAUAAGAAAGAAGAGGACAGAUGAGAGGAUGAUUUCAGACAUUGGGGUGACCUUGAUACUAACCUAUCUCCUUGUGUGUUUCACUGUAAAACCUUGGACCUCAGUGUACAGAGGGUGGCAGGUGUUGGAGGAAUAACCCUUAUAGAGGGAUGUCACUCCCAGGAUGGGCCACUUCACCACCACCCCUCCCACAUUCCAUCCUGUCCUGUACCUACAAAUGGUUGCUCAUGACACACGGACCGUUGGUGGGAUCGCCCCAUCCCUCUGUUGUCCAGGAAGGCAACCAUUCCACUGGGAUGUGCAGUUACACAUGAGGUGUGUGGUUCUGUGGGAUGCGAGUGUGGGCUUUGCAGAUUGGAGGCACACGUGGGUGCACCUCACCUUGGCCUUUGUCUUUUCUGUUGGGGGGAGGAGUUUGAGGGAAGGUUUUCUGUAGACCUGGCCCAGGUAGGACAGAGUCAAUUUAUGGUUAUCCCAUGCACAGUUUGUGUGGUAUGGUUCAACCUCUCAGCUCAGUGUCUCCCCCUCCACCCCCCCUCCCCACCCACUGUCCCCCCCCUUGUUUUUCUUCCCUUGCACUCUCCCUGUCCUUACUGCGAUCUCUUCUCUCCCCUUACUGUCCCGCCACCCUCUCACCCUACACUCUUCCAUGCUCUCUUGCCUCUCCCCCACUCCUCUCUCCCUCAACCCCACCACACUUUCUCUGCUUCUCCCUCAGGGUGUAUGUAUGUGUGUGUGUGUUUUUGUGUGCUUUCUGUAUGUGUGUGGUGAGUUUUCUGUGUGCAUAUGUAAUUUUUCUAUGCAUGUAUGUGGUCUGGGUUUAUCUGUGUUUUUCUCUGUGUGUGCUGCGUGUUUUUUCGGUCUGUAUGAGUGUGUGUUAUUUUUCAGUGUGGUGAGUGUGUGGUGUGAUUGACAACCUCUGUGUGCUCUCCAUCGUGAACAGUGCGGGAUUGGUAGAUGCUGAGAGAUCAGUUUACAGGGAAAAUUAGAGUGGAAGAGAAAGAAAGAUGGUGUUCCUCUAUGAGCUAAUGAGAGCUUGAUGGGCUGAGUGGCUUCCUGUGUUGGUCCAGGCCUGCGACCUGCCAGCUGAAUGAUAGAGGCCCCCUCCCCCUAGUCACAGUCACACUCACCCAGGCCAGAGGGCUGGGAGCGCCCCAUGACCCUGGGCCCAGGGUGGGGUGCUCACCUGAAGGAGGGACCGGGGCACCAGUUGUGCCCUGGCUGUCCCUGUCCAACUCACAUCUGCCCAGGUUUCCGGCCCCAUCCUGUUGCUGCAACUGCCAGAAACACUCAAAAGAAGCUUGUUUCCUCAACCUAUAUUGCUCAUUGGCAGUUCCCCUUCCUUGAGACCUGAGAAUCAACCAAUUGUUUGCAUAAUCUGUAAGAUUGACAGGAAUGGCAGCCAGUGGUAGAGGCGGAAUGGGUGGCAGGCAAGUGUGUAGGGUUAGUGCUGAGGUCCCACUGACUCUAUCACCAACAUACGGUAUCCUCUGGGCCUCGGUUUCUCCGCAGGUCCUGCUCAUCAUUGGCACAUACUUGGGUUUCCCUCAGCUGCUCCGGUUUCUUCCCACAUCCCAAAGAGUAGGUUUAAUGGAAUCUGAAAAUUGCCUCCAAGAGUGUGGCUGAGGGGUGGAAUUGAUAUGAAUGCAGGGAGAUUACCUGGCAGGGAAAACUUUUGGGGUGGUGGGGGCAGGGUGAUAGGACUGCUUCAUGAGCUGGUAGCUCAAUAGGCCUGUUGCGUUGGAAGCAGGUGUGGAGCCCUUGGAGGAGCCAAGAGAAAUAGAAGAGGGGCAGAAAUCCCUCAAGUGCUUGCAUCAGCUAAGCACGCAUCACCUUCACCCAUUCCCCUUCCUCCCAAUACCCUGCUUCCAUUGAGGUCAAUGGUACCAGAUCUUCCAUAUUUCAAGGAAAAAUUCCAACCUUCCGAAGUGGACGUUGCCUCCUCUCUCCAAAGCCCCUCACCCUCCUCCCAUCUGCUUGGUGUCACUGGUAAAGCAACCCCCAUGGUUUAUUGAGGGGAAUCCUCGGCCAAUCUCUCCUCCUCUGAGGUGAACACUUUAUACGUUUUGCGU